GAACAAGCUUUCGCUCUCAAAAAAGGAAAAUAAAAACGAAAACAAAAAGAAGAAAAAACAGCGUUCUUUUCUUAGUUUUUUAAUCAUUGUUUUUGGCAUUGAAAUGAGAGAAAUUGCAUUUUUUUAAUUGAUGCGGAAAACCAAAUGGCGUCAGUACAAUUCUUGAAAUACAAUCCAUCUCCAGUUUCUGUUUCCCGACCAAAUUUUCCCGGGAAUCCAAGGUGGUUUUUCUCGGAAUCCUCUUUGAGAAAAAGAGUUGUCAGGUUCGGAAGCUCUGGCGGUUCACGAAACUACACGAACAAGAGAUUGAGGCUUUUCUGUGCCGCUCAAGACCCCGAAAAAGAAAGCAAUGGUGAAGAACCUCCAGAAUCAUUGUUCAUGAAGGAACUGAGGAGGAGGGGUAUGACACCCACUUCGUUGCGUGAGGACACCAAUACGAGUGAUUAUGGACUUAACGAUGAGACGACAAGGAAAGAAGGAAGAGCUUUUUCGCAGAGAAAUGCAGUCUCAACUGAAGUUGAGAAAAGCCUCUCUGAUCAAAGGGAGCGCUCCAUGAAGUUGAACAGCGAAGGCCUUGAGGGGUUAAUCCCUCGGGCCAGACUGUUGCUAACAAUUGGAGGAACAUUUUUCUUGGGGUUCUGGCCGUUGAUCCUCAUAACAGUUGCAUUCUUCUCUGCCCUUUAUUUUUACUUUGGACCAGCUUUUGUGCAUGAUGCAAGCAAAAUGCCAAUCUCGCCACCCCCGUACAUCGAUCCGUAUGCGCUUCUGGAAGAGGAAAGGAUUUCACAAAUAGCACCACGUAUAAAUUGAAGACAGUUGUUCAGGGUUAAGCAUAUUUUAGAUUUGUGUACUUGUAAGUACAAUGGCCAAAGAAAUGCACAUAUGGUCAGCAAAAGAAAAAUGGAAAAAUCCAACUACAGAUUUUAUUGACUACUUUUCUCGACUCUUGUUUAUUCUUUUUCUGUACAAAUCUAAACUGAUGUUAUAUCAAGCAUCAGUGCUGUGUACGUGUAUAUUGUUUUUUUAACCAUUCUCUAGACGCACUUGCAAUGUCGUUUUUGCUAA